CAAAACCGGAUAUGGCUUCUUUUGACAAAGAAAUGCUAGCCUAUAGUUUGAUAAACUCAGAGCUCUACAAGUUCUUGAACACUAUUAGCAUUGGCUACCAAUCCAAGAAAAUGGCGGAAAUUCUAAAGGAUAAGAAGAUCAAGAGCAAACUAUCCCAAGCAUUGUCCUACUAUACCAAGUUUACAAAGAAUGGACCUAACAAGAAGAAGAUUGAAACUGGACAACUCAAAUGGGAAGGCGACAAGCCAAUAGGACCUACACUCAAGGAAUUCAUAUUCUCCCUAUCUGAAGAAUGGAAUCUUGAUGAAGAGAUCACCUUCGAAGUUCUUAAUGGGUUCUUCUUCAAAGAAAAAUCUAUUCUCAAGAAAAUUGAUGAGUGAGAAAAAGCAAUCAAAGAAAUUAAGGAAAAAGUUCCGGGAAGAGUUGCAUCCUAUCAAGCCCAAUUAGAAGAUUUCCUGAUAAAGACUAAAGAGAAGCUUAAUGAGUUCUACAACAAGGAAAGAAAAUCCUUACUGAAAAUUUUGAUUUUUAUAUUCGUAUUCACAAGUAUCCAAGAUCCUGGAUCUAGGCAUCCAGCUUCAGACAUCCUGAAUCAUUUGAAGGAGACUAAUACUCUUAAAACUCUUGUAGGAUGCUUGAACACUAAUGCAAUCUCCCAGACAGAUCAGAGAAGAGACAAUACUCAAAAGCUUGAAAAUUUAUACCAGAGAUUGGAAGAGGAAGAGUUUCUCCUCCAAAGUAUCUUCUGCUUUAUUCUCAGUGAUGAAGAAAAAGACUUGGAUGAUGAAAAGUUUGCCUUGUUCAAUUAUUUUACUGAUUCAUAUUUCCAAGGAUAUGCCUUUCACAAAGAUCAAGACAUUGUUGUUACUGAGGAGUAUUCUAAAAUAUACCAGAAGGAGCAUCACAUUAGAGAUCUAAUUGCUUUUAUGUCUCUGAUUUGAUUAUCAGUGAACACGAAAGACCUAAAAAUUUCAGCUUCUCUUGGAAAAACAGUUGAUGCAGCUCUUGCUCUUCAUAAUGGAACAAUUGAUACUCUUUUGAGCCAGACUGCAUACAUUGUUGCUAUGUCUGCAUGCAAGAAUGAGAAUAAAGAUAUUAACUCAGUUUCUUCCUUUAAUAGAGCCAAGGUUAACUCAGUAUUUACAGAAAAGGAUGAUAAACUCGCUAUUGAUACUAUAAUGGGACUUCUAGAUAGUCCAAUUCUCGAGGAUGAAAGAUAUGACUUCAUCAAAGGCUCAUUAGUCAACCUCAUCAAAAAGUGGAUAGACAAGGCUUACUACAUUGACAUCAUCAAUGAAUUUGGAGAUCCUGAAGAUAUUAGAAUCAUCUGAUUUAAAUUAAUCAAAGAGCCUUUCAUUCUUAAAGAAUUCUGGGAGAGUGAUUAUAAGUUCAAUACACCUUUCUUCCAACUGAUUAGAGAAGGUUAUCUGCUAGGGUUCCCUGAAAACUUGCUAAAAUUCUGUAAGAUCAGCCUUUACCUAACUGGGAACAAAGAAGCCGACUUCAGUCAAUACAUCAUUGAUUUCUUCAGAAAUUUUGACUCCUUUGUCACUUCGCUUGACGCAAACUACAGGAAAUCACUUGAAGGAGAUUCUUCAUAUAUGAGAAAGAGCACUUUUGCAGGAGAAGGAGAGUUUGACUUUGAAAUUACCAAGAGCUUUGAAAUCUCCAGCGGAGAUGAUAUUGAGAUCUAUGUUCCUGAAGGAACCAAAGCGAGAGUAUUCCCACUCAGAAGAGAGUUUUAUGAGCUCAAGAUUAAAUAUGACCUCUGGCCAGCUCUCUUUUCAAGAUGGAAACAAUCAAUUCUAAGAUCAGGAGAUAGAGAUAAUUCGGAAGGUGCUCUAAGAUACUAUAAAGAUGAAAUUGAAUCAAUCAGCUCCUUUGUCAGUCAGAUAUUGUUGAUUAAUCCAGCUCAUUGUGAAAUACUUAAAAUUGAGCAUGAUGUAGUUUCUUUUGAAAGAAAUAUUAAGACUAUUGUGAACUUAUUGUUGAGAAGUCUAAACCAAAUCAAGGUACUUGAGCAGAUUCUAAAAGACGAUAGGCAAAGUGAGAUUGAAGAGACCUUGCGCUCUCUUUCUUUAAUAAUAUCUGCAAUUGGGAGUCUGUACUCGAUUCCAUCAGCAAGGAGUUGAAUUUCUGAGUGUCUCAACAAAUUUGAAAAAGAUCUUAUCGAUACAGAAAAGCCAUAUGGAAAUACAUACACUGUCUACAAUCAUUCUCAUCACAAUAGAUUGAUUCAUCUUUUCAAAGAACUUAAUGAGCUUGAAUGGAAUUACUCAAGAGGAAAUUAUCAUGUGACUAAAGCUAUAUGAGGACUUGGUCCAGCUAUAAUGUCAGAUCCAUACCCAUCCAGCAAUCUUAUUCAGAUCCUUGAAGUUAUCAAGGAGAUAAAAUAUAGAAUGAAUAGGGCUAACCUUGAAAUUUAUCUAAACCUCCUUGAAACUUAUAAGCUUGCUCUCCAAAAAUUCCAAACUUGCCCAACUAAAGCAAAUCUUAACUUGAAGAACGUGCAAAAGGAUAAAUUCUUCCAUACAAUCAGAAGUUUCCUUGACGACUGUGACAUCCAGAAAAUACUGGAAGAAGUUUUGGAGAUUGAUACUAACAACGUUAAUAUUCUUAGUGAAGGAUACCCUUUUAAGAGCUCUGAAAGAUUCUUGUACAUCAACAAGAUCUUGAAGAAAUAUCAGGAUGAAUGAACCGCCGAGGAUAAGCUGAUUAUUAAAUCACUAGUCCUCUCUGCUUUGGAGUGCUUAAAUAUAAUCUUAGAAAUGAUUCACACAGUCACAAUUGUAAAGAAAGACAAGAAUAUCUCAAAGAUGUCAAAAGGAAUUCAUCAGUACCAUAUGAUCAACUUGAGAAUUGUUAAUUAUAUCAAAGAGGCUUUGUUGGCGAACUCUUCAUUCAUGACAGAUUUAGAAGAAAAUAAGAUCUUACUUACAGUAGCUCAUUAUAUCAACUUUGAAAGUAGACACUCUCUACCAACUGAUGAGAGAAAGGUUAUUCACUACUCAUGUGGAUCUUUACUAAAUGCAUCAUCUGCCGCACUUCGUUGUUUGACCCAAAUAGUCAGAAUUUGGGAAUUAUCGCCUGUAUCUAGACAGAUCUCCUUAGCCCCUUACCUGAGUUAUGAAGAUAAUGGAUUUAAACACUCAUCUACAAUGAUUGCUAAAUCUCUUUCUAAUCCAGAGGAAGCUCAUGAAUUAUUGAACUUCUUAAUUUGCUGUUUAAAUUCGCAGACUGCCUUCAUCAAUGGAUUCUUUAAGAAUGAAGAUUUUUUCCAGAGCAUUAUAAACACAUUUUGAAAGCACCCAGACAGAAUCCUUCAAACCUGUGCAGGACCAUUAAACACGAAAGCUUAUGACUCUCUUGAAUACAAAAUUAAGAGACUAUCUAAAAGAGUUGUAGGAAUGCUUAUGAUAUUAGUCUCCGAGCUCAUCCAGAAUAACAAGGUUAAGAGAAACAAGAAAGCAAAAGAGGCUACAAACAUGUUCCUUGAUUCUUAUCUAUUCAAUGGAGUCGACUUGAUUGAAGAGUUGUUCAUUAGUAGGGAGCAUACCUCUCAUGAAGAAUUUGAUAUGUCAAUCAAGACCAGUACUUUUAGAAGAGAAGGUAAUACAAUUGAGUAUCAAAGAAGAGAAGAACUUCUAGAACAAAAAGUUCAAGAUAUUUGCUUCUCAAACCAUGUAGUCUCUUCUUACUUGCUCAUCAUCUCAAAUCUUCUGAUUUCACUUGAUAAAGAUAAUGAAAAUAAGAAUAAAGCUCUAAAAUUAUUGGCAAUUCUCUACAGAGGAAAAAUUAUCGAUCUCCUUGAAAAACUAAUGAACGAUAGACUCACUUCAACUGGAGAAGUGUCCAAAGAGUUCUUUGAAGAAUUAGAGAGACUUGAAGAUCUAAACUCACUUGAUUUUGAUCAAAAUGAAGGAGAUGGUAAAAAGACAUACUUCCCCAUAGCAGAUAAGUCAGAUCUCCUGAUUAAUAUCAGCCAGCUACAGUACAUUAAUUCCAAUAGUGAUUCUCAGAAUUAUCUGACAACUUGGAAACCAGAGAAGCAAAGAGUGUUCAGGAAGAAUCUUAAUGCCUAUGGAAGAUCUUUUGUUCUCGAUAGAAACGAGAUGUUUUACAUGAUGAAAAGCAGCUAUUACGCUUCAUCUUAUAUUAACUCCUUUAUUUCCAUUCUAGGAAAAUUCAAUCUGGAGAUGAGUUUGAUUGACAGUGAAAGAUAUUUGAUUAGCAACAUCCAUGACCAAUUUGCAUUUAUCUCAAGCCUUGGGCACGAUGGAUUCCUCGGAUCAAGUCAUGAUAAGAUUCCAACAAGCAUCAAGCAGGCAAGUAAAGAGCUAAAUUAUGGAUUCUCUUUCUUCACUCUUGUUGGAGGAAGAGGAACAAAAAUUAGAAAGAAAGAAUUCUCUGAAUUCAAGAAUAAGCUGAUUGACAAGGUAGGAUCUCUUGCUGCACUUUUGUGGAACUCCAUCAAGCAUGACGUGGCAGAGUACAACCAGGCUUAUAUUGACGUCAAUGGAGUAGUUGGAAAACUGUUUGGCCAAAAGCUCUGCUUCUUCAAGACUAUUUUCCAUAAUAUGAUAUAUCUUGGAGGACUUGAACAUUCAGAAAUCGAGACUUUUGAGGGAGGUUCUCAUAGUAGAGAUUACUCUAAUGAAAAACCCAAAAGAGAUUCAGAUGUAGAUGAAGAAAUGACUAAGCAUAGAAUUGUCAAUAUCUCAGCUGAUAUUAUCACUAAGCUCGAAGAACUACUUUAUUAUAGAACUAGAUUUAGAUCUGAUCUCCCAACUGAAGAACUCUUACUUGAAAAUAUGCUAGAAUUUGUUCCAAUCUUUAUGAAUAAUGUAAUCGAAAACCAAAUCCUCACUGAAUCCCAAGAAAGAUUAGACACAUGAAUUAUAGAGGUUGCCAAGAAUCUCAGAUAUAUUCUUGAUUACAAAGAUGACAAAUACUAUGACUCAGUAGUAUUGAUCUAUGAGCAGCUACUUAAAGUACUUGAUGAUAAAUUCGAGAUUAAAGGGCUAUAUAGAAUGAAGGAAAGUAUAGUAAUCAAGAAAAUGAUGGCCAAGAUCACUCAAAGUAAUUGCACAGAAAGCCAAUUCUUAUCUACCCUCAAAUUCAUGAUUGCAUAUUCUUCGACCUCUGAAGGUGCACUGCAUUUAUUUGAAGAAAGAGUGAUUCCCGCUUUAAUUGCUUCUCAUUGUCUGAAGAAUUUAGAUGACCACGAAUACUAUGAAAUCAAGGAGAGAAACACUAAGCAUAUUCUUUGGCUAUGGACUCUUCACUUGAUGAGACAGCUCACAAUGAUGCUUAUCCAAAAUAGCGAAUUUACCUACACUCUGAUUAACUUCAUUGUUUCCUUUGAGAAAAGAAUAAUGAGUUCACUACAAUUCAAGGGAUAUAUAGAUGGAAAGAAGCAGUUCAAAUCAUUCUCGAUUGCUAGGUUAGAAGAAAUAGAGCAUAUUGUCAAUCUUAUGGCUUUCUGUCUCCAGAGCUAUGACCAAUGGAAAGAUCAAAAUAGUGAUCAGGUUGAUUGGUUAGUCAAUAUUUUAUUCAGUUAUACUGUAAAUCUAUUCCAAUCUAAUGUUGCUCUUAAUGACUGUUUCCAUCCGAUAUCUCAAUUCGAGAAGUAUAUCAACAGCUUAUCAGAGCAAGGUGAAAUCGGGGUUGGAUCUAGAGAAUUAGGUGAUACAGAUCUUAUCAAUCAGUCAUCAGCUGGAAGCUUCUCAUCUAUUUCCCAGACUGAUAGAAAUUUCAUGAGAAACAAAGUAGUUACAUCCUUAAGAACCCCAAUGAAGGGAGAGACCUCAGAAAAGAGCUUUAAAAUGCUUGAGAAUGAUCAAUAUGCUAAGAGAGCAUAUAAGAGCUCAAGCUUAGUGAACUAUAUGGCUGAUAAAUACCGUCCAAAUGCUUUUAUUCUAAAGGUUGAAGUAACUCUCUCAAAAAUUGCUCUUAUGAUGCUAAGAUGUAUGCACUUGAUAUUGAAGGAAGAGAUCAAGAUCGGCUCAAGAUCUGACUUUAUCAAGCAACUAUCUUUCUACCACGAAGUGAACAAUGAGACAAGAAUCUUUUUGAUUUGUUCUAACAUCUUUGAUGUUAUCCAAUUCUCUUUACAUUGUCAAGGAAAAUGGGCAAACAAUUUUGAAGGUGUCAAGAAGCUCAACAAGGUGCUGAAUGGAGCUUAUCUCUCUAGUGAGAAUACUAUGGAUACUAUUAUUGACAUGGAAGACGUCUUACAAAUAAGCCAAUCUACUACAGAGCUUGGAUUGAUGCUUUCAAUGAUGCUGCUCAAAGCAAGCCAGCUUUCAAAAGAAGAAUCACUAGAUAAGAAUUACUUGGAAAUUGCAGAUCAAAGACUUGUGAACAAGAUAAACUCUUUUACUGAAGAAUGGAGAAGACUGAAAGCAGAAAAUGAAGAAGUCAGCCCAAAAAAGAUGAGAUAA